AUGGCAGCCACAGUCAACGGCAAGGCUUUGCCACCACAUCUCCGUCCAAGGGUAGCAUCGAAACGUACCCCGAAUCCUGAAUCCCCUGUUACUAUCCCCUGCACUUCUUCACGCGAGGAUUCCGGAAUAUCAGUAAAUGACAAGCCCUUAUCGCCAACUACCGAGGACGUCCGCGACAAGCUCUCACAGCUUGGUGUGACUGUAACCAGCCCCAAGAAGGCUACCAAAAACCAAUCAGGCCAUGACCCGACCGAGAUAGAGCUGGAGCCUGAAUUUCGUGGCAGGCCGAAUCAACGUGGGAGAGGUGAUCGCCGUGAACGUGGAGCUCACGGAAUCGGUGCUAACCCCUCUUACAUGAGCGUGGCAGAAGCUCAGUCCACGACCGUACCUCAUCAGCCCCCUCCUACUCGUGGUAGAGGUCAACGCGGCAACAUUCGCGGUGGUCGCUGGCCGGGCAAGAACGAGAUUCCGAAGCCUGACCAGAAACGCUGGGAUGCAACCUGGCGGUCAAGCGACGGACGUAGCUUUUCUUCCUCAGGAGCUAAUAGUGGCUGGGGCGAUGAUGCGAAGCCUGCCGAGGCCGGUUUCAAGCUGACGGAUUUCAAUGGUGGUUGGGCGCCUGCACCAAUCGACUGGGAUGCCCGACCCGGGUUUCGUGAUGCGAAGAAGCUCUCUACAGUCGAUCUUUGGUUAGAUGAUGUUGAUAACAAUGGCGCAUUCGUUACUCAUGAUGUGCUGAUAGGAGCUGGCGAUGAGGUUGUUCCUCGCACCUGGGUGCCAUCAGCAGUCGGCAAGCAAUCACUGCGAGCCUUCUUCUCGGAAAUGGUUGCGUCUCUCAGUCCAGCACCACUUGAUGAGUCUGAUCUUCAGGACGUUAAGCCAUGGUGGACGCUAUACAAAGACGACACAUCUCUGUUGCUCCCUUAUACCCAUCCUGCAAUCACAGGUAUCGACCCUGAUGAGAACAAGGAAGAACGACUGGCUCGGGAAGCCGAUCAUGGCGCCAAUCACCAUGCCGAAAAUAAGAAGCGUUUCGAAGCUUCCAAACGCGCAGCGCAGACCGAGAAACGCCAGCGAGCCAAAGUCCGCGCAGACGAGCGCAAUAAACUGGUUUCAAACAAUGCAUACACGAUUGAGAAGAUCAAGCCUGGCCUGAGCAUCUACGUCCGUUCCGCUAAGGUCUCGGACAUGCAGCAAGUGCGUGAAGUCUACAACUACUAUGUGUCCAGCUCCUGCCAAGUACCAGAGACCGAGAAGCGUACUACACUUGACAUGGAGCAGCGUUACCAUGCUGUCGUUGCAAACAAGCUGCCCUUCCUGGUGGCUUGCGUGCGAGGUCGACAGCUACAAGGCCGCAAAGGCAAGAAGAAGUACCAGUACGGCGACGGAGAAGGUAUCUGGCUGCCCGAGACGAUCGUGGGAUUCGCAACCGCAGACGAUUUUCAGGAUAUGAAAGGCAUGUAUGGCUUCACGUGCGAAGUCGAAGUGUUCACUCAUCAGGAUUAUUAUAUGAAGGGCAUCGCUUCCUGUCUGCUGGACAAGUUGCUCAAUCUGCUGGAUCCUCAGUAUGUCGAGCGUGGGGGGUAUGAGGUCGAAGGGGAUGAGCUAGAUGGGACUGGUGCAGCGCGGACGAUGGAGAACAUUAUCGCCCAUGUGCCGUAUGAGAAGCCUGAGCGUCUGGAGUGGAUGAGUCGGUGGCUGAAGGUUAUGGAGUUCAAGCAAGUUGCUGCUCUUGAUGGCAUUGGCAAGAAAGCUGGUCAGAGUGUGGACCUUGCUCUAUUUAUGCGCAAGACGAGCACCAUCAUUGAUCCGAAGAACCCUCCAAUCCCAAUGCAAUACCCAUCUUAA